AUGUUGACUUUCCUAUGGCGACAUAGGGAUGUCUUCGAAUGGUCGCAUGGGGACAUGCCCGGGAUCUCCCCAGAUGUACAUUAUCCUGAUUGGAUCACAAACGUGGUCCUCGUCAAGAAAGCCAACGGGAAAUGGCGGUUCUAUGUAGAUUACUCAGAUUCGAACAAGGCGUGUCUGAAGGAUAGCUUCCCGUUGCCUCGGAUUGAUCAGCCGGUGGACAGCACAGGCUACAUAUCAAAGGCUGGUGAACCAGAUGUUCGCCAAACAGAUCGUGCAUACUAUGAAGUGUACGUCGACGACAUGCUUGUGAAGAGCAUCAAGGAGUCCGAUCACUUGGCAGAUCUCGGAGAAACUUUCACCAUCCUCCGAGAAUACCAGAUGAAACUGAAUCCCGCGAAGUGCGCCUUUGGAGUUGGCUCCGGUAAAUUACUCGGGUUUCAGGUCAGCCAGAGGGGCAUUAAAGCGAACUCUGACAAAAUCAAGGCACUCCUCGAUAUGUUGAAGGGUCUUAAGAAGGCAGAAUGGAUGUCGGAGUACGAACAGGCCUUUCAGCAGCUAAAACAGUAUUUAGGUUUGCCACCUUUACUGUCUAAGCCCGAAGAAGGUGAACCCCUGUUCUUAUAUCCAACGGUCUCUACCUCGGCUGUCAGCUCGGCUCUGAUUAGAGAGGUAGGAGGCGAGCAGCAUCCCAUUUAUUAUGUGAGUAAAGCCAUGGUGCCCGUCGAGACGAGAUAUCCAGCUCUGGAGAAGUUAGCACUCAGUCUCAUUAUCUCAGCUCGGAGGUUACGUCCGUACUUCCAGGCGCAUUUCGUCGUCGUAUUAACCAAUUCUCCGCUUAAACUAGUCCUCCAGAGGCCCGAAGUGUCGGAAUUCACCACCCCAGAGGAAGAAGAGAUCGGUGUAGAAGUCGAGGCAACUCCUUCGCCUAAUCCCCAACAAAGAUCAGAGACAGUACAGGAACCAGGAUGGGUCCUCUAUGUAGACGGGUCAUCCAAUACCAAGUGUGUCAGAGCAGUAAUUGUCCUGAUUGCGUCUGAUUCUACACCCAUCCAGUAUGCGAUCAGACUGUGUUUCAAGGCCUCUAACAAUAAGGCAGAAUAUGAGGCUCUACUGGAUGGACUCAAACUGGCAGCGAGUCUGUGGGUCCAGUCCCUUCAGAUCCCCAGAGCAGAAAAUUCAUGGGCUGACGCCCUAGCAAAGUUAGCCUCAGCCACGGAAGGGAAGAUCCCGCGAAUCAUUCCCGUGGAGUUCAUAGAACAUCCAAGCAUCAACCAGACGGAGAAGAAAACAGUCAAUCCAGUAGAUGAUACUCCGAGCUGGAUGGAUCUGAUUUAUGACUACCUCACAUCUGGCAAGGUCCCCUUGGAUAAGUUAGAAGCCAGACACCUAAGAGUCAGAGCGGCAUGGUAUGUAGUCCUGGAUGGGGUCCUGUAUAAGAAAGGAUAUUCACAGUCCUAUCUCAGAUGUCUCUGA